ACUCUAUAAGUCUGCAACUCAAUUCACGAGAACGAAACAUACACAAACUAGCUAGCAUUCAGAUAUCAUGGCAGGGGCAUCCAAGGCCAAACCUCAUCCUUUUCCACUUUACGAAAUACAAUUUCGAAACAACAGAAUAUCAAGAACCAUAGAAAUCAUUAUCCUAUUCCUUCUGCUAUCACUCAUUAGCUACAGACUCUUUUCUCUCCGCACCCAUGACCAUAUCCCUUGGCUUCUUGCUCUCACCUGCGAGGCUUGGUUCACUUUUGUUUGGAUUGUCCUCGUCAACUCUAAGUGGAAUCAAAUCCAAACCAAAACAUACCCACAACGCCUCUUGCAAUGGUUGGGAGAUGGGACAUCUGAGUUUCCGGCUGUGGAUAUGUUCGUUACCACGGCCGACCCGGAACUGGAACCGCCGAUUAUAACGGUUAACACGGUGUUAUCUUUGUUGGCUGUGGAUUAUCCGGCGAACAAGCUAGCCUGUUAUGUAUCAGAUGACGGCGCAUCGCCCCUCACCUUCUACUCCCUCGUUGAAGCAUCCAAGUUCGCUAAGCUUUGGGUUCCCUUUUGUAAGAAGUAUAACAUUGCCGUUAGAACUCCAUUUCGAUACUUUAACAGUACCAACCAAACAUUCCAACCAGAUAGCUCCUUAGACUUCCAACAUGAAUGGAAGAAAAUGAAGGACGAAUAUUCAAAGCUCUGUAGAAAGAUAGAAGAAGCAAGUCAAGAUUCUUUGCCACAACAACUUACUGGGGAGUUUUCAGUUUUUGCAAAUAUUGAGCGAAGAGAUCACCCUACCAUCAUAAAGGUGAUUUCGGAAAACAAGAAACAUGUUGCUAAUGGUGAUGGUGUGCCCCAUCUAAUAUAUAUCUCCAGAGAGAAGCGAUCAAAGCAUUCACAUCAUUACAAGGCUGGAGCAAUGAAUGUUCUGACAAGAGUGUCAGGAGUGAUGACAAACGCACCAUUUAUGCUGAACGUGGACUGUGAUUUUUAUGUAAACGACCCCAAAGUUGUAUUGCAUGCUCUAUGCUUCUUGCUUGGAGCCAAAGACGAAAGAGAUACUGGAUUCGUACAAUUCCCUCAGGCCUUUAUUGGUGGCUUGAAAGAUGACCCUUAUGGAAAUCAACUGAAAGUCAUAAUGGAAUAUUUAGGGCGAGGAAUCUCUGGUAUUCAAGGACCAUUUUACCAAGGAACGGGAUGUUUCCAUAGAAGAAAGGUUAUAUACGGCAUGUCGCCUAAUGUGGCUGACGCUAGUGGGAAAUCAACUGACAAGGACCAAUGGGAAACGUUUGGCAAAUCAAAAACUUUCGCUUUAACAACCACUCAAAUUUUAUCUGGAUCUUUGUAUCCUGAGAUUCCCAUAUUCCCGAAUUCCCUUGAGGCUGCCAAGGAAGUUGCAGGCUGUGCCUAUGAAUCUGGCACUGCUUGGGGCCAAAAGGUCGGGUGGAUGUAUGGAAGCACAACAGAGGAUAUGCUGACCGGGUUAACUAUUCAUAGCAGGGGUUGGAAAUCUGCGUAUUGCGUACCCGACCCGCCUGGUUUUCUUGGGAGUGCACCAGCAGCUGGGCCAGAUGUAUUGAUCCAACAGAAGCGAUGGGCCACUGGGGUAAUGGAAAUACUAAUCAGCAAGAAAAGCCCAAUAAUUUUGGCCCUAUUUGGGCGGCUCCAGUUGAGGCAAUGCCUAGCAUAUCUAUGGGUUAUGUGUUGGCCCAUUCGGCCCAUUUUUGAAACAUGUUAUUCUCUUCUCCCCGCGUAUUGCAUCAUCAACAAUUCCCACUUCCAACCAAAGCUAAACGAAGCCGCCAUUGUAAUACCAGCUUCCAUUUUCCUCAUCUACAACUUGUACAAUCUAUCGGAGUACAUCAGAACCGGGGAGUCGUUGCGGGCGUGGUGGAACAACCAAAGAAUGUGGAGAGUGUACGCAUCUGGGUCGUGGUUGUUCGGAUUCCUAAGCGGGGUUGUUAAGGUUUUUGGAUUGUCGGAAACGGUGUUCGAAGUCACCAAGAAAGAUCAUUCGAGCGACGAAACUCUAGACAAGGAUGACGACUCCAACGUCGGACGGUUCACAUUCAAUGAAUCUCCGCUGUUUGUCCCUGGCACAACCAUUUUGCUGGUGAACUUGGCAGCUUUGUUCAUUGGAUUUCUGGAUUUUAAACAGAAUAAGAGUUGGAGUUUUGGAGAGGUAAUAUGCAGUGUGUGGGUAAUAUUAAUGUAUUGGGCAUUUCUUAAGGGGUUGUUUGGAAAGGGGAAGUAUGGGAUUCCAUUGUCUAUUAUUGUAAAGUCUGUGGGAUUGGCAUUGCUUUUUGUCCAUGUCUGCAAAAGGGUAUACUGAUCCUACUUCUGAGCAAUAUAGGUAUCAAGUUAUCAGUAUUUCUAAA